AUGCAUCUCGUCAUCGUCCUCGUGGGCCUCGUCACCCUGACGGUAGCUGCGCCACUCGAAAAGAUCAGCGAUAGCGAGAUGCACCAGGCUCAGGAUAAAGACUACACCAAAUAUGCCGGAUACCACCCAUACUACUCUUACGGGCCGUACUCCUCUGCAAUCGAAGCAGAAGCUGCCAAGAUGCAGCAAGGAUCAGAGGCUGCAAACAUGAAGCGAGACGACACACAACCCGUAGUGGAAAGCUACGCACAAUAUGGCGUCUACUACACUACCUACGACCCCUAUCCAUCAGAAGUGGAGGCUGUGGCAGCGAAAGAUGACAUGGAAAGGCGAGGUUAUUCCUGCUACGAGACAUACACUCCUUACUCUGCCGCUGUCGAAGCUGAAGCCGAAAAGGCGUCCAUGACCAAGCGUGGAUAUUCUUGCUACGAAACAUACACUCCCUACUCUGCUGCGGUGGAAACCGAGGCCAAGAAGAUGGAUGCAAACAUGGCUAAGCGCCAUAUGCUGAGCAUGCCCAAAGAGGUGAUGGAUAUUAUUGCGAGCAGCAGUGUAAAACGCGACAUGCCCAAGGAAGUGCAGGCUGCUGCUUCAGCCAUCAUCCAUUGCUCGCGAGCACACAAUCUGACAUGCCUUACGUACAGCCCUUAUUCAGCUUAUGGUGCCUAUCACGGCGUUGCUGAGACUGAAAUCGCCAAGACGAACUAG